AUGUUAUUGCGUUGCAAGGAAACAGCCAAUCAGGCACUGAGAAAACUAAACCUCAAGCAAGAACCUUCAUUAAUUUGUGGCUUGGUCGCGUGUCCUGUUCUUUGUUGUGAUUGGUCACAACACAUUAUGACAUAGCUAGAAUAUUCACCUAAUCAAAUUCAAUAGCGCGAUCGUGCAUCAUUUAACAAAUAGAUCCCAUGUUGCCGUGCGUCUGUUCAGUAAUAGAUCACAGAUGACGUCAAAAUGUGUUGAAAACAAAGAGUGUUGUCACUGAUGUUUUCACCACAUUUUGACGUCCUCUGUGAUCUAUUACUGAACAGAUCCACGGCAACAUGGAAUCUAUUUGUUUUAUACAAUGAUCAGAAAAGAAAAAAGAUACACAUACCUGCCUCAUACCGCUUGACUGUUCGAAGAUUUGUGCUAGUCUGGGCAUUUUUGAAGUCCCAAACGCUAUAUUUCGUCUCUCCUUUUGUUUAACUGUUCGCGCGUACUUGAAUACGCAAAAAUACGGACUGUUUUGCAGUCUAGGCAAAAAAAAAUAUUGUCACGUAGACAUUGACGCGUACUGCUUUGAGCACGCGCUAAAAUAAUAAAAAUUUAAGUUAACUUCUGCAUUGACCGCUUUGAUAAUGUUAUAAAACAAUGUAGUUCAUGCUUCAGCUGUGCGCAUGUCGAGAUAUUGAGUACUUGGGAAGUUUGGAGAGCACUCAAGAGGUUAGAGUUGCUCGAGGCGCAACUCUUCCGGCUCUUUCGUGCUCUUCAAACUUCCCGCGCACGCACGCUGACGCAUGAACUAAUACCCCACGUUCGAUAUGUAAUAUAUCAAGCAUGAGACAGAGUGUUUCAUCACCAGGUGAAACACUGAAAGAGAGUUGAAAAUACGACGCGCAGCGGAGUAUUUUUGACGAACUUCGAGGUGUUUCAUCUGGUGAUGAAACACAGUGUCGAAUGCUUGAUACUACUUCUCAAACAAAUUGAUUUUAGAAGGAGAAAUUAAGGAUGCAAAACUGAGAAGUUUUUCAUCCGAUUUCCAAACACUCAUUAAACAUUAAUUUCCUUUGUAUUUUCUUUAUGAAUUAUUAAUCAGUUUGAGAAAGCUGAUUCAAUAAAGGUUGCUUUGGGUAUUGAAUAAUUUGAAUAAGCAUUGUCUUCAGUUUCUCUUGGGAGUUAAAAUGGCCCCAAGAGAAACUGAAAACAAUGCUUAUUCAAUUUUGGGGGUAACAAAUAAAGAGUAUUAUGGUAUGUCAUGGUAUUUUCUGGAGUGGUCAAUUGGGUAUUGGGAAGCUAUUGUUUGGUAGUCACCCAUUCAAGUAACUCAUUGCACUGUUUCACAUGCCCAAAUGCCUAAUUACCAAUGAACAGUUACCAAAGCAACCUUUUUUGAUUUAGCUGUAUAUUAAAAUUAUUCUAACAUGACUCCGUGAAAAUUGCAAAUUUUUGACCACUCCAUCGUCUUGCAAUUCCCAGAAGAGACUUGAGCACAAAGGAAACCAAACCAAAUAUAGGAAAAUGACCAGAAGCGUCGGAGUCAUUUUAGAAUUUUAAUAUUGGAACGUGUGAUAUUGACCACUCCAGAAAAUACCAUAACAUACCAUAAUGCUAUUUGUUGUCACCCCAAAAUUUUGCAUAAGCAUUGUUUUCAGUUUCUCUUGGGGCCAUUUUAACUCCCAAGAGAAAAUGAAGACAAUGCUUAUGCAAAAUUUUGGGGUGACAAACAAAGAGCAUUAUGGUAUGUUUUUUCAUUUUCUGGAGUGGUCAAUUGUUAUAAGUAAUAAACAUUGCUGAAACAUUGCAAGUGUUCACGAUUUUGUCUGUUUGACAGUAACACCGACCAGAGCGUUGAAAAUAACAUGCACAACGAUGUAUUUUUGACGAACUCCGAGGUGUUUGAUAUUGUGGUGAACAACUGCCUGGAAUGUUUAAUAUUACUUCUCGAACAACUGAACUGAUUUAAGAAAGAGAAAAUCAAGGAUGCAGAAAUGAGGAGUUUUUCUACUGAUUUUCAACCGCUCUUUUUAACGCAUUAAUUUGAGGUGUGUUUUUGUAAUAUCCGUUGACAAAGACUUUAGAGGAACGCGUAUUGCUACAAUGGACGAUUCUUGACGAUUUUCCUAGUAAGAAAACAUUAAAUCAUUUAAAUCAAGAGGAUGCCAAUACGAUAUUGCAGCUGUAUUUGUUCAUCUGAUAUGGCACACGAUUUUCAAUUACUCGCCUUGGGAAGUUAAGCAUAUUCAUCUUCAGCAAAUCUCAGUUGAAAUGGUUCUAACGUUGAUUUACUGGACGUUACCCCUGAUUUUUUUUCUUCUCCUUGGAUUUUUGUCGUUCGCUUUGUAUGUCCAUCAUCAGCAUUUGCGUUACGCGCACAUUCCAGGGCCUCCAAGAGAUGGCUUUUUCACUGGCAAUGUCCCUUUUAUUCGACAAGAAAUGAAGAGAGAUGGAGAAAACGGGGGCAUGACCAUCAUAUUGAUGAACUGGUAUCGGCAAUACGGAUCGGUUUACGUUGUGUGGAUGCUUUUUAAUCCCGUUGUUAUCGUAUCUCACCCUGACAUGGCCAAAAAAGCCCUCAUCACACUGAAUUUGCCCAAAUCACCACGUCUUUACUCCAAACUCAGCAGCGUGUUCGGCCAACGAGCUGGUGGGCAGGGAAUUAUGACGGAAAUCGAUCACGAUGUCUGGCGUCGUAAGCGAGUAAUGUUAGAACCCGGAUUUCACAGAAAGUAUUUAAUGAAUUCGAUGGACGCCUUUAAUUCGAUUUGUGACGACUUUCUGGAAAAUCUGAGGAAAUAUGCUGAUGGUAAAACGCCUGUCAGGAUGAUGGAUGAAUUUGCAAGAGUCACCCUCGACAUUAUUGGCAAGGUACUGUAUGCUGGUUUUCACUUUAGUGACUAG